AUGAAACAGUUCUUACAUGUCAGACGAAAUCUACUGACUGUCAUUAUUUUGCUAAUAUGCUUACUAAUAACAUAUGUAGAGUGUCUUAUCCCAAAGGCAUGUGUUCAAAAUAUUACAGCACUUGGUGGAAGUGGUAUCUGCUGUCCAACACGUAAAGGUUCAAAACAUCCAUGUGGUGGUCCUGGAAUUGGAACGUGUCAAAAAGAAUACAUCCAAAUACAAUCUAUACCAUCUUUUCUUAUUUUGGAUGAUAGAAUGAAUUGGCCAUCAAGAUUUUUUAACCAGCUAUGUAAAUGUGAGGGGAAUUACUUUGGCAUUGCUUGUGAUGAAUGUUGGUAUGGUUGGGAUGGACCGAAAUGCGAUAAGCGCAAAACGUAUGUUCGACGGAAUAUAUUAUCAUUAAAUCCAACAGAAAGGAAAAUGUUCGUUAAUGUUGUAUCAGGGAUGCUUACAGCUACAACUGAUUAUUAUAUUCUAUUUGAAAAGGAUGCCAUACAUUCAGAUCCAUUAUGGAAACCUAAAUUCUUGGAUGUUAACCUUCAGUAUCUAGUAUCCUUCCUACAUAGAUAUGCCAGUAGAGCUACACUAUUCAAGGAUAACCUUGAGUGCAUAGAACGUGAACACAUAGAUAAUAAUCAUAAUACCGUUGGCUUUAUUACUUGGCACAGAUAUUUUAUGAUGUUCUGGGAAAAAGAACUACGUAAAAUAGCGAUUCGAUUAUAUGGCUGGACAGAUUUCACCUUACCAUACUGGGAUUGGUUUGAUGCUAAAUCUUGUGAAGUUUGUGUGAAUAAUUUAUUGGGUGCUUAUGGUGAGUGGGUUGGAUCUGACCGAAUGAUAGAUACUGCUAGCCCAUUUUAUAACUGGCCUGAAUACUGUACCCCACCAGUUCAUGGAAGUUUAUGUUACAGUUGUCAUGCCGGUUGGCCGAAUUUUAAAAGACUUACUAGAUACUAUGAUGCAACAAACUUUCCAACAACUUAUGAUCUUUUAUUCGCCCUUACAAAGAAAAACUUUUAUUUACCUCAAGUGGAAGAAGAUUUUGGAAAAUGUCGAGGUUUUCAUGAGGUUCUUGAAGGAUCAUGUUCAGCUACUGGUUAUAAUUAUACAUAUUCAUAUAUGCAUAACAGAGUACAUAACAUGGUUCGUGGUACAUUCUGUUGUUCAGCGACAGCCGCCAAUGAUCCUCUCUUUUUGGUGCAUCAUACACAGAUAGAUCGAAUUUUCGCUUUAUGGUUUAAAUAUUAUCGUCCACGUGCAACAAGUUAUCCAAAUCAUGGUGUUCGACUUGGCAAUUGUCGUGAAUGCAAUUUAGUUGGAUUUAUACCAACAGUUAAACAUGUCCAGUUGUUUGUAGAUGAAGCACAACUAGGCAUUACUUAUGAUAAUUUCAAUUUUGGUAAACAAGGCUUUAAAGGUGAAUAUUUUAUGUUAUAUGGUCCUAAAUAUUUUGAUGCAUCUUAUGCUAAAAAGUAUUACUACAAAGUUGGUCAAUAUUAA